AUGGCUUCGUUUCCACUGUACUGCAUGAGGGUCGGCGACUUCCUCGCGCUAGAAACUCUGCGUUCUCAUGAAGACCUCUUGGUAAAAGGGCUCAUCAUGCGCGCCGACCGAUUGGAGGCGCCGUCAAUCAACUUCGUUAGCCACCAGUGGAUUUCGACUCGCCAUCCCGAUCCGGACUCGGUACACCUGCGGACGAUGCAGGAAGUCUUCAGGCGCGUCAUCAGAGGCGAGAACAUUUUCGCCGAUGACGAUGUCGCCGCAAAGUUUCUUACCGGUCGGUCGCGCGCUCGCUCGUCCUCGAGUGACGUCCUCACUACGCGAGAGCGGACGUUCGAGGAGUUCCAGCGCUCAGUGUCGGAGGGUUGGGUUUGGCUGGAUUACUUCUCCGUCCCGCAACAGGCAGGGGCGGAGGAGGAGCAAGCGAAGGCGAUUACCUCCAUCCCCACCUACGUCGCGCAGGCCUCUAACUUCUGGGUGUGCACUCCGUUGGGUGUGCGCCGCGAGAGUGGCCACCAAUGCAAUUUCGACACGUGGUUGAUGCGCGGUUGGUGCCGGAUGGAGGCGCUGGCGCUUGACUUGACCCGCAUGAGCGAAGGGCGGCCCAUCUACUUGACACACCAUCUAGGCGAGGAGCCGUCGGCGUCGACGCAGUGCUUCCACGACCGCCUCAACCUUGGCUGGCAACGGCGCAAGGCCGUGCUCACGGGCGACUUUGCGAGGCUGAGCGACCGCGAGGGCCUUCACGCCGUGAUUCGCGAGCUCUACCAUAGCGCAUUGGACUCCUUGCGCUCCGUGUGGGAGCCCCUGGUCGAGUCAGGCGAGUUGCCGCGCCCGAUGUGGGAGCGGUACAUCGCGAGCGCCGACGGCGCGGACGGAGGCGCGUACCACUCAUUCUUCCUGCUCGUGGGGGCCGAGGCGUACAUCUUCGCCGACUUGGCCGACGAGGAGCACGACCAGAGCUACUGGGAGGGCGCGCUGGACGGCUCCGAGGACGCCGUCAAGGCGUGGCUGCUGCAUCGCGGCGAGUACGCCUGGCCGCCGGACGAGUGCUGGGCUUGGUACGCCGCCAUCGUCGGCAAUUUGGCGCUAUUUCGCUUCUUGAUCGAGGAGUUGGGCUUCGACAUCGGCGCUGUCAACAAGUACGGCAUGACGCCUCUCACGAUUUCAGCCAAUUGGGGCAACAUAAGUCUGGUGCGCUACAUCGUCGAGCGGACGGAUGCGGCGCACGUGCUCUACAAAACACCGGGCCUUGGGCUUUCCGCCGUCGGCGUCGCAGCGAAGAAUGGCCACCACCGAACGUUGUCGUUUCUGCUGCAGAGCAAGGCCGACGUGGAGGUGACGCGAAACGACAACCAGAGGACUCCAUUGCACGAAGCAGCUGCCAACGGCAACGAAGAGUGCAUCCGCCUGCUUCUGGGCGCGGGAUCGAGCACCGCGGCGCGGGACGGCGCCGGCUUUACCGCCGCGGAAUUGGCCGGAAAGUACGGCGCGAUGAAGGAAGACGCGGAGCGAGUGAAACUGGCAAGAUUAUUUGAAUGCUAG